UAUUUGGGCAGACUAGAUUUUGUAACUGCCUUGAGAAUGAUAGGCUGGUACGUAAUUUCCUAAAAACAAGUGGUUCUGAAACUCAAAGUCAAGGUAUAUUGGCUCUCGGAAAUUUCACUGCCUAUAAUCCAUGGUGUUGGUUGUGCUUGUUUAGCCGUGAUGGGAAGACACUCUGUGCAUGCCUAGUGGCACUCUUGGCUUCAUCAUUUCACAUUUCCUUUCUUGGGGUGGCUGAGACCGGAAGGAACAAACUGGAACUUGAUUAGUUACUUGGCUCAGAACGUUCUGGCUUUCCGCCUAAAUGAAGCUGCUCCAUUAGUUUUACCAGGUUUUUCUUUUACCAUCUUUUUUUGGAAAAGUUAAAAAACGAAAUACCCAAAAGUGGAAUGCGUCUCUUUGAAAGCCGAACCUUGCCUUUGGGGUAAAAAUAAUAUCAUCGCAUUUCUGCACUGGAGCAUUCAACAGAAGAGGAUUGGUAGUCUCAGAGAUUUGCAGGAGUUUCCAAUGAGAUGGAACAAAAAGUUAGUUUCCCUUUUCUGGACCUGAGAGUGCAAGAUAGGAAGCACAGAUACACACCAAAGGGAAGUGUAAAACAGUGGACUGACCAGAAGAGAAUCAAGACAGCAAAGAAAUCUAAAGAAAGAAAAAGAUGGCUGCUGUUGUUGCUGGCCUGGCCCGGGUACUUCAGCCCGCCAUGGCACUCCCUGGAGAUGGCUGCUGUUGUUGGAGGACUUUCCCGUCUCUUUCAGCCAACGAUUGGGGUACUUUCAGGGGAGAAGGUCUGCCAGGGCAUCAAUCCGUGGUAUUUUCUAAUUGGCCUUCGCAUGGUGACUCUGUUUUUUGCCUUUGGACCUUGUGAGUCUCUCAGGCAUGAUCUGAUUUGUCAAUGGCCUUCAGAUGUUGGGGAUGCAAAGACCUUCUGCUCUGCACUCUGCUAUAACCAGCAUUUCCCCAUCCCCAUCUCCUCCGUCUGGUUCUUCCACUUCAUCACCAUCAUCUUCAUUGUGGCACUGAUGAAAUUUGUUCAUGUUACAGAGAAAAACUCUUCUGCGAAGGAUGUAGAAGCAGCCAUGGAAUCCAAGCCAGGUCAUGGAGCUGAAGGAUGCUGUGACUCAGCUGGCCCAGUUACCUUCAGUGGUUGGAGAUAUGGAAUCUACAUCUUUUGCAUCGUCCUAAUUUUGACCAUGGAGCUGAGCUUCAUGUGGAUUCUCCUGGGCCUUCAGUUACCAAUUAUGAAUCAAGCUGUUGUGGUGUGCCAACCUAAUAAUGCUGCAUGCCCUCCUUCCGCCCAGUGUGCUCUUAAUGUCCAAUCGGACAAGGGAAUUGCUUUGUGGUCUUUGGCAUUUUGUGCCGCAGCCAAUGCCAGUGUCUGUGUCGGCUAUUUGGCUGUUCAUGGGGGUCAGGCCUAUGGUUGUUGUGGUGGCUGUGGCAGUAAAAGGAAGGCUAGAUCUGGUUGCAGUACCAGGGAAGCCUAUCCUUGUAAUAGGGAAAAUUGCUGCUGUCAGGGCAAUGACAGUGGCAGGGAUACAAUCUGUGGUUGUCAGGGCAAUAGACAGUGUCCCUGCUUCUUCCAGGGCAAUAAGAUGAUGCACAGCCGGAACUUGGUACCCAGCAAUGAGGAUUUAGAAGGGAAGUUACUAAGGGGGGACACAGAACUGGGAAGUGAAAGGAAAGACUGGAGACCUGAUGAUGGAACGAUACCAAUGAGAGAGCCAUUGAGGACUGGAGCCAAAAAGAGCCGAGAUCAUCCAGGAAGGGAAGGGAGGGUGGUAAAACAUGCGGCAAAGUAUCAGGCAUGGGGAAAGCGGAGAAUGUGAGAGUGUGGACAUGUGAGAAUAUAGAGUGAGCAAGAGAGAGGUUAGGACAGCAGAGAGAGAGAGGAGAGGAUGCAGAGAGGAGAACUGCUUUGAAGGACCGCACAGGGCUGAUCCUACCAAGCAGCAGAGAGGAGCAACCUGCCUCAGGCUUUUCUGGAGUGACUGCACUUUAACCGUUUUUGGGAUGACAGCACAUAGGUCACUGUGUGAUAAAGUCCAGUAUCAUGAGGAGGCAGGUAAUAAUCCAUGAAGGUAGGAUCUGGCAUCUCAGUGAUGUUGCAAGACUUUAAAAAAUCUUGGCUCAUAUCCUUCAACAGUUCACAGAUGAAACCUAGGACGUAUUUGGUCAAACAACAUGGUCAAGUUUUCAAAAGUUAUUAAUGAGGAAGAACUGACAAGCUCAGAGAUGUUAGAGGGUGUUUCUUUAAACUGAGCCUAUUGGGAAAGGCAAGAUUUCCUCCUCCUGCCAUACUUAGAAUUAAUUGAUUGCAAACUUCUUUGAGCACAAUUUGCAUGAUGAAGAGGGAAAAUAGGAGGAGGAGAAAGAAACAGCUAUUUUAAAAGCAGCUGAAAAACUGGGAUGACAGAGGAUUAAUUGGGACUGUUAGUGCCAAAGUGGGACAAGUUGGACUGUUUGCCCUAGGAGAAGUGACUAUCUGGCAUUUGGGUUCUCUUUCUGACAAUAAAAUAGCUUUGGCACCAUUAGAUUGGCUGCCUUUUGAAAAUGUCACCUUUAAAAACGUAUGUAAUUCAAAUGCUUUGAUAUGCACAGCAGCAAAGUAGGUACAGUGUAUUGAUUAAAAUAACAAUUUAGAGUGUGGUAUGAAACCUCAAUAUAGAGUGCUUUGUGUUUAAUUCUCACACUUCAGUAGCUCCUUGCCAUUAAAAAAGAAUGUAAAUGGUAACAUCAACUCAGCACUGGAGUAUCUUAAAAACUGAAUUAACUCUUAUCAGCAUGAACUAACUUUACAGUACAGUACAUUCAUCCCUCCACAUUUGCUGGGAUUAGGGGCACAGGACCAUCAUGAAUGUGGAAAAACCAUAAAUAACAAAA